GUACCAGGCAGUUUCAAAUCUAAAUUCUUCAAAGAAAACAAUGUGAAGCCUUCGACUUCUUUGACUUGCAAGAAAAUGAUGAAUCCAAACUUCAGAAAUAUGCAAACAGUUCAGCGAGCUUCUUUACAAGGACACGUUCAUCAGACACUCUCUCUGUGAUUUGGGUUGACCUUCAUUAACCAUGUUCGGCCGAAAGAAGAAGAAGACACAAGCCCAACCUCAAGCUGGGGAGGCUCCUGUCGGCACGCCUCCUGUCGGCAACCCUCCAGUCACCCCACAGAAAACAAAAAAAGCCAACAAGAAGAAACAGAAGGACUCUUUCAAAUCCAAUGAGAGCCCUGUCAGCAGCACCUCGUCAAAGCGUCGUGGGUUCUUCGGCAGGAAGAGUAAAGCACCGACGACUCCGUACAACGACGCAUCGAGUGCUGCGUCGAUCUCGUCCCAACAAUCCAUCGACUUGAAUUACACCAAAAUAACCCCACCCCUUUCCUUUGGUCCGCCCCAACCUCAGCCAAAUGGAAAUGUCCGAAGUCCUGGCUUUCCGAUGAGUCCUUCAAGUAGCAUUACCACUGGCAGUAUCAAGGGGUCGAAUCAGGAGAAUCAGAGUUUUGGUGGGCGGGGCUACGAGGAGAGGGAGUUAGAAUUUUGGGACGAGGUGGAAGUGCUGACGUGGCUGACUGACCAGGGAUUUGAUUAUUUUGUGGAGUUGUUUGACGGUUGUGAAAUUGAUGGAGAAUACUUAAUGAAUGUAACAGAAGAAGACUUAGUUGAUCUUGAAGUGGACGAUGAAAUGCUAAGGAGGCAGUUUCUGGACGCCGUGAGAACAGCUCAAAACAAAGCACAGAGUAACAGCCUGAUCAGACCCACCCUGGACCAGCAGCUGUCAGUCUUGAGCCUCACCAGUCGCCUUGCUGGUGGAGAUGAUGCACCUGAUGGCAUUAACAACACCUCUAAGGCUUCGGCGGUCAAACUUGAUCUUAAAGAAUCACCAAGAAGCAAGAGCCCUCCACCGAGACUGGUUCUCAAAAAGCAUUCCCCAGAAACUGACAAUGAUUCCGAGUCUGAGUUUGCUUUUGAUUCCGAUGAUCUAGGCAGCCCACUGGGAGAUCUUCCAGACAACAGCAAUGCAAAAACCUUCCCUGUGGACAGCAAUUCCUACCCAAGAAGUCCUGUGGACAAGUCAAGCAGGAGUGGUCAGAAGGUACGCAGCCCAAGAAGUCCUGUCGACAAGUCAUGGAGCAGCAUCGAGGAGGCAGACAGUCCUAGAAGUCCUGUCGACAAGUCGAGGAGGAAUAGUCAGAAGGUACACAGUCCAAGAAGCCCUGUCGACAGGUCAUGGAGCAGCAUCGAGGAGGCAAACAGUCCUAGAAGUCCUGUCGACAAGUCGAGGAGGAAUGGUCAGAAGGUACACAGUCCAAGAAGCCCUGUCGACAAGUCUCCAGCAGCCUCUAAGUUCUACAUGGACACCCCUCAUAAUAAAACGAACAAGAAGCCUUCCAGUUUAUUUGAGAAUGAUCAAGAGUCUCCUGCGAGUGCAACACCAUCUUCCAAGAGCCACGUUGAUGGCAUCAGAAGCCCUGGAAGAGAUUCCAAUCGGAAACUGGGCUCAUCAAGAAGCCGCUCUCAAAGCGUAGUGACACUUUGGACUGAGGGCGAUGUAGCUGCAUGGUUGGAAGAUGUUCAACUCACUCAUCUGAAGAGCCAUUUUAUAGAGCAUGAAGUGACUGGGAAGCAGUUACUUAACAUUGAUAUGCAACUUUUAGAUGUGAUGGAGAUCAAUGAUGAAAAUGAUCGGGAGCUUCUCUUGGCUAAACUGUAUGAGCUCAACAAUCCCACCGCCAAUGUCCCCGAGAUGGAUCUCAUCAGUGCUGUGAAUAGAACCAGUGGCUAUGAGCACAAGAAGUACCUGGCUGCCAUGAAGGUUCUACAGUCGUCAGACAGUGAAGAGGUUCAACUUCUCCCACCGGAGACCCUAGCGUUACCAGACUCCUUCAGUAGUACCAGCCGGACACCGAGCACGGCCAGCGACCAGGGACGGAAGGAUGAGAAGAAGAAGAAGGGAGGUUUGUCCAAGUUGAAGGGCGUGAUAUCACCCAAGAGGCGAGAAUCUCGUGAUUUCAACCUGGUCCAUGUGUGGACUGACAUCAUGCGGUCAGGUAAUACCACAGUCUCACUGCGACUGACAGAGACAGAAACAGUCAGGGAUUUGAUUAAACUGAGCCUGGAUAAGUUAGGGACCAUUGAGGACUGGAGGCUGUAUUGCAUUCUUGACUCACCUGGAUCUGAGCACAAGGACAAAGGAUUUGAUAGAGAAAUGGAUGAGAUCGAAUGCCCAGUGAUCGUCCAGCAAACCUGGCCUGAGCGGAACCCUCGUCAUUAUGAGCUGAGACAAAAACCUGCUCAAGGAGGUUCCAUAAAGAUUGUGCUGCGUCUUGACAAUGAGAAACCCAAAGGGAAACUUCUAGCGAUCUCACUGUCGACCCCAGCCAAAGAGGUCAUACCCCUAGGCCUUCUUAAGUUUGGUUUGACUCGUGCAGACCCUAAGGCCUUCUGUCUACUUGAGGUGGACAAAGCUGGAGAUCUUCAAGAUGUGGAAGAUGAGGCCAUUCCGUUGCAGUCAGAUUCACACGCUUUCGUCCUCUGUGCAGUGGCGAGCAAGGACAGUCAGCUCGCUCUGUCGGAUGGGGACGGGGAGACAGAGGACUUUAGCGUUCGAAGAAACGAUUCCACUAGCUCUAGAGGCUCAUCCAAGGUCUCCUUCUCAGGGGUCAGCUUUGGGUCAUCGGCAGGCUCUGACCUUUUGUCGUCAUAUCGCAUUGACGAUGAAAAACUCAGCAAACUAGAGCUGGAGAUGGCUACAAUAGAAGAAUCUCUGAAUACCAAAAGCAGCAGCAAGCAAAGUGUACAAGACUCUGGUCCGUUAAGUCCACUCAGCGCACCACAGAUCUCUACCAGUAAAGCAGCAGUCAUUUCACAGUCGGAUACCAAGCAGAAAGAUGCAACGAUUGAAGCUCUGAGACAAGAGAACAAGCUACUCCAGGAGAAGACCAAACAGCUUGCACUCAUGCAAAAGGCCCUAAGUCAGUUGGAACAAACCUACAAAAGAAAUGAGGCAGACUCCCGACAGCGAGUUCACGACAAGAGAGAGCUAGCGAUCAAGUCAGGUGAAGCCUUACCGAAGGCAGUGAUUGACUCUCAGCGUCGACUCAAGCAACUAGGAGAAGAGAUUGACCAUAAGAAGCUCAUUGUACUUAAGAUGCAGCAGCAGCAGAAACAAAUACAAGGAAGGACAUCAAACAGUGCUGAGAGCAGAAUGCAAGAGGUGGAGUUGGAGUAUCGUUUGGCCCAAGAGGAGACAUCGAUGGUGACGCUACAGCAGCAGCAAGCUGGGGUCUUGGCUCAACUAGAAGUGGCCCUAGUGGACCACCAAGCUGUUGCUCUGAGGAACAAGACCAAAACCCAAGCUUUGUUCAAACACCUGCAUGCAGAUGAGCGCUACAUGGUGUACACCGUGGGCCAGACUAAAGGCAAGCAUGGCUGGGACUUCAGCCUCGCUGCCGAUCAAAGCGUUAGAGGUGCUGUGAUACAACGAUGCACUAAAGAUUCUGGUUUGAAUAUAGGAGAUAGAUUGGUAGAGCUAAAUGGAGAGAACGUCACCAGCACCUCGCCAUCGGAGAUCAACCACACCCUGAGCAGUCAGGCCAAGCUGCAGAUGGUGCUACUGAGGGAAGGAGCCGGUAAGGAGGAACGGGGAGAGCUAGAUAGACUCCAGCAGCGGCUGGAUACAACGCAGAGCGUCAAUGAUAGACUGCAGGAGGACAUCCAGAGGUUGAAGGACUUUGAAUCUCAAGCAAAGCGAGCAACUCAACUACAAAGUACAGUACAAAAACUUCAGACACAGCUUUCUGAGGCAGAGAUGAGGGCAGUUGAAUUAGAGCAUCAACUCAGAGACGAUGAUGAACAAGAUCAGUCUAUGCAGCAGAUAAGAGAUGAUAGGCACAAGCUACAGAUGGAGGUGAUUAAGUUGAAGGAGACUAUCUGCAGACUGGAGAACACUCUAGAUGCAAAGACAAACCAACUGGCUGUGGUACGUCAAGAGAGGGAUAGCAUCGCUGAGCAGCUGAUGAUGACAGAGACCAACGCUAAGCAGACUCCAUCCUCUCACCAUCUCGUUAACGAAGCCCUGGAGGAUGGGCUGCCACUCUGGGAGGCACUCAAGUCUUCAUCGAAGACAGAGAUCCUAGAGGUUCUCCAAGAGGAGUUGGAAGAAGCCGGUCGACAGAAGGAGUACCUAGACCAGCUCUACACCCUGAUGCUGGAGAGGGCUCCAGACCUCCUAGAGGACCUGGAAGUAGACUUUGAUGCCAGUGAAUUAUCGGACAAUGAGGAAUUCUGCUAGGGAUGAGCAUUCUGCUAGCAAGAGAAUGUUCUACUAGCAUACUUCACGACAGUGCAAUGGGACAUCAGUAAACCACGCUGUACUUUCAAGUAAGAUCAAACAAUAAUUAUGCAUUCUUCUGUAAAAAAUAAAAUUUGCUAAUCGCAUAAUAUUAUUUUCAGAAAUUUUAAAUAUAUAUAUUUUUUUUACAAAGACUUAUACUUUUAUAUCAUGUACUGUAAAUUUUACGAAUAUAGCCAAAUUUGUAUUAUACAUGUAUCAGUGUUUUUAUUUAGGUGUUGAAUCAUUGUGAUCAAAUAUUACAUUGUGUGAGAGCAGCUCAAUGUUUGUGAACAAAUGAAGUAUUUCCGUUGGGAACACUCAAAAUGUUUCGUUGGGAACACUUUAAUUGUACUGUGAGAGAACACUUCAGUUUUGGUUGGGAACACUUCAAAUGUUCUGUUGGGGAACACUCCAGUUCUGUUGGGAACACUUCAAGUUGGGAAACACUUAAGUUCUAUGGGAACACUUGGAAUAUUCUGUUGGGAACACUUGAAUUGUUCUGUUGGAGAACACUUCAAAUGUUAUGUUUGAGAACACUUCAGUUUUGGGAACACUUCAAAUAUUAUGUUGGAGAACACUUCAGUUCUUUUGGGAACACUUCAAAUAUUAUGUUGGAGAACACUUCAGUUCUUUUGGGAACACUUCAAAUAUUAUGUUGGAGAACACUUCAGUUCUUUUGGGAACACUUCAAAUAUUAUGUUGGAGAACACUUCAGUUCUUUUGGGAACACUUCAAAUAUUAUGUUGGAGAACACUUCAGUUCUUUUGGGAACACUUCAAAUAUUAUGUUGGAGAACACUUCAGUUGUUUUGGGAACACUUCAAAUAUUAUUAUGGAGAACACUUCAGUUCUUUUGGGAACACUUCAAAUAUUAUUAUGGAGAACACUUCAGUUCUUUUGGGAACACUUCAAAUGUUAUGUUGGAGAACAUUACAAAUAUUAUUAUGGAGAACACUUCAGUUGUUUUGGGAACACUUCAAAUGUUCUGUUGGGGAACACUUCAUCUCUGUUGGGAACACUUUGUUCCGUUUGGAACACCUGCAAUGUUUCAGUGGAAACACAUCGUCAAAUAUAUUUUUUUGAAUGGGAGCAGGUCAGAGUCUGUAAACAUUUUAAAUGUGUUGUUGGGAACACUUGAAUUGUUUGGCUGUCAACACUUGAAUGUUGAAUUGGGUACUCAAAAUUCAAACAUCCAUACGCAACCUUUGAAUGUUCUGUGGGAAUCAGUUGGAAAUGUUCCAUUAAGGAAAGUUUGGACAAGUUGGAAUAAGAACUUGAAAGUUCUUAUUAGGGACAUGUCAGUUCUAAUGAUUUAUAUGAUGCUAUUAAUGGAACAGUAAGUAGUUUGUACUAGGUCUAUAUUUUGUGGCAGUGGUUUUUUUUAACGAAUGUUCAUGGUUGUUGAACCCCCAGAAUUUUGACAGUAAAAGGUUUUUAGGGGCUCUUCAGAAUAACCAAUGUUUAAAAGCUCUGAUCUUUUUCCUUUGUUCUUUUUAAAAUUGACUUACUGUUUAAUAAACCUCUUACGUUGAUGAACAUAGUAAUGCCUCAAAUAGCAAUUUGAGUUCUCUCAGCUCAAGAGUUUUCAAUGGGUUCCAGAAAGCAAAUUUUGGGGAUUAAAAACCGUCGAGCAAAUACUUGCCAUGUCCCCAUUGGGAGUGGGUAUCGGAAUUUCAAAGACAGUUCUAUUAUUUGAAUUGAAAACUGAUUUUAGAUUAUUCAGUUUUGACCCACCCUCAAAUUUUUAGAGAUUGAUUAUUAUGCAUGGCCCCCUUUAACAUCGCCACUUUCAAAUGCAAAACAAGUGAUAUCUAUUGACUAGCUGUCACGUUAUCUAUUGAUUAGCUGUCACGUUAUCUAUUGAUUAGCUGUCACGUUAUCUAUUGAUUAGCUGUCACGUUAUCUAUUGAUUAGCUGUCACGUUAUCUAUUGAUUAGCUGUCACGUUAUCUAUUGAUUAGCUGUCACGUUAUCUAUUGAUUAGCUGUCACGUUAUCUAUUGAUUAGCUGUCACGUUAUCUAUUGAUUAGCUGUCACGUUAUCUAUUGAUUAGCUGUCACGUUUUCAUUGAAUCGGAGUUUACUGUGCUAUGGUGCGUUUAUACUGAGAUAAACAGGAUUAAAAGUAAAGUAAGUUAACAAAAAAUUAUGCUGCAGAUUACAGUCGUCCGUUUUCAAUCUGCCUUUGUACUUGUUUAGCGGUCAAUAAGUUUAUGAAGUUGUACUUAAUUGGGCAGUAUUAAGCACUGUAUACUAGGUAUUUUAUUUGAAUGAUUGAAAACAACCCCCUUGCGUAUUCAAAUUUAAGUGGUUAUUUAUGACUCAACAAGUCGGUGUACCAGAAAUAACACAAAUCUGUUUGAGUAUAAUUGUGAAAAUAUUUUUGAAGAUAUGCAAAGAAUUGAUUAUUAUGUGAAUGUGGAAAUAAAUGUUUUAUUGAUUGAUUGAUU